CAGCGCGGCGAGAAUGGGUCUCUGCGCGAUGGGUUCCUUUGUCUUAGUGUAGCGAUUGGCCGCAUCAUGUCUGCCGGUGACCCUAUCCCAGAUCCUACACUUUGCUCGUCAUCGCACCAACCAUACGGCGUACGCUGCAUCGCACAAUGCCGAGUCCGCAACCUUCGGGAACGCUCAAACGACCCACUCUAGCCACAGCGAGCUCUUCCUCGUCCUCCUCUUUGAGUGGCAUGGAGAUGGCAAUACCGUCUUUCCAGAGCUUCCUGAGGCGCACGCCGACUCCUGACCCGCUAAAACCCCUGCCACCAACACCACUACGACCCCGACGACCCUCAUCACUCGACAGCGGGUCCUCACCGGCCGCGUCGCAGUCUACCAGGAGGUCCUCAAGCGUGUACAGCCGGACCGCUAGCCAAUAUGACCCGACUCCGAACCGUCCAGGCUUACCAUCCUGGCGCACCGCAGACUUUGCGGAGCAGAAUCUCCUACUGAGGCCGGUUGCUUACAGCGCAAGCACCUCGCAGCUCUUGCAGAAGACGCCCGCUCAGCCAGCAGGCCUGGAACCACGGACGUACAACCCUGUUACCAUCACGCCGCCCACGACAGGUAGCCGAGUACCCACACCGUCUCCGCCGCCACUGCUGAGACCAUCUGUCUUGCUGCCUCCCCCAGUGAGCAUCGCGCAGAUAUCUCAGAAACACCUACGGGCCGUCUCACUUGAGAAAGCAAAAGCGAUCAUGCAGGCUCCCGGCGCCGUGCACUUACUACCGGAAGAACUCCGUGCACAAACACUGAGCAAGUCUCGAUCGCAGGAGCCUCUUCGCCUGUCCUCCGUAGACGUGGUGGCAGGAGGGUCGGGAUCUCCACGGUUGCCCCAGGCUCCCACGCUGGUAGACAGUCAAGGUCGAGAGCGACUCGUAAAGUCUCCCACAUUGCCGCCUCCUCCUACAUCAUGUGCAGACUAUCCGUAUCCAGCGGUCGUAAGCCCGCUGGGUGAGUCUACGGACGUCGCCGGUACCUUCCAUGUGGGCAAUCAGCCGGUGAAACCGAUGGCUCCACUUGCGCAGUACCGGAUAGAAUCUCGAGCCAAGGCGGCGCAAGCUCUUGGCCUUGCAGAUGCUGAUGAGCGUAGGGGACGUACCAAGACGCGCGGUCCACGUAAUCUGUCAUACGAGCAUUACCUUCCGAAGCAGAGGCGACCAUCGGACAUGAGUGACAAGUCCGAUGACAUUGUAUCAGAUGCUCAAAAGAUAGCACAGGAGUACCACGCCGUGCUCAGCGAGCAAUACCGCCAGUCUUCUCCAGCAUCACAAGGCAGCGGCUCUAGCGUCGAUAUUCGGACGCACAUGAAGCUUGUACCCAAGCCGUUGUUCCAUCCGCGGCCAGCUGCAAGACUUCCAGAUGCUGACGAAUCCGGCGCUCCUUUCAUGUUGAGGGAUGACGGUGAAGACCACGAUGCUGACGACUAUCACUCGAACGGCAGUCGUGGCUCGCUCCCACUACGUCUUGGCACGCCGGAGUCGCAACACAUGCGUUGCAGUACUAGCGGUUCAAUCCCAAUUUCUCCGCCAGACAGUAUAAUGUCCGCUGUAUCUCCGCCUGUCACCGAAUCUCGAACAGUGAGCAAGCGCCCGAAGCCAAAGGCUAUCCGACAGCUUGACGAUAACCGCGCCUCAGCAUACUACCCGCAUGUGAUGUCACGGAAGCCGAAGAGGAGCGCGGUAUCGAACAGAUCUUCCCCACUGGCAGAUUCAAAGGUGCUAAAUAAGCCUAUGCUUGCAGCCGACAUCAUUGCAGAACGCGAGCGGCUUGGGUCAAGCGAAGGCACACCUGAUAUAUUGUCUCUACGAAGCUCACGGUCCAUGAGCUCCUUGCAGUCAGGGUCCAUGGCAUCAACCAAGUCAAGCAUGCGCCUUCGCGAAAGAAUGCUCAGUCGCGCCGUCCUGUACGCUGACAAGCUUAAGAAGCCAGCAGGUACAAGUAGGUGGCGAGCGCACGACAAGCGCAGGGCGAGCAAUGAGCCUUCGUCACCCGACUCAUCGCAUCUGCUCCCGAGCCCAUCGUCUCCUAAGCCAGCACUAGAUUUCCACUUGGGAUGGUCUGACCAAGCUAAAGAUGCCUUCGACUCAUCGCGAUCGUCUGUCAACUUACCUAAGCGGCCUGCCAAUACUUUAGUCACGCAUUUACAGACACCAGCUCAACCUCUUAAUGAGAGUAAGGCUGGGCUUGAAGAGCCAGAGAGCCCAGGCAGAAAGGGCAGCAUCUUCUCUGGGCUCAUGGAUGGCUGGCGGGAGACCAAGGCGGAGAAGCGCAGGGAAGACCUGAAGAAGAUGAUCAAGCAUGUCGGCACUGAUGUAAUACCAGGAGUUGAAGUCACCACGGAUAGGAGGCCAAGUCUUAUUGUGCGGAGGCUGAGCGCUUACGGGUGGAUUCGACAACUUGGAAGCAUUAGCGGAGUUAGCUCCAGUGGCCGCGCUGGUGGCUGACGCAUUGAAGAGGAGUGAAAACAGGCCGCGUCCAUCUAGUCGAAGAUGCACCGCAAGAGGUCGAGGCUGAGGCUCUCAUUCACUAUAUGUACCACCUCAUAUACCCAC